AACCACAGAGUAUCUUUUUAUAACCAGGGACAAUUAACCAACAAUAUAAACUUACAUUUAAUUUAUUUACAUUUUACAAUAUAAUCUCAUCUAAAGCGAUAUAAUGGGUAAAGAAGAUACAUCAACUAAAAAACGACGAAAAUUAAAUACUAGUUUGACAAGCGACUCUAACAAACAAGUACCCGUUGAUGUAUAUAAGCGUGUCGUGGAAUUUGAAGAAUCCGAAGCUCAAUCGCGAUCUGCUGAAAAAGAUGCCGCUCUUUUUAAAAAGAUAUGCCAAGAUGUUCGACAACUAUUUGCUGAAAUAGCAGAGCUAAAAGCAAAAGGAACAGAUGAGGUACACUGAGUAAUUUCUUUUUUUAUGUUGGUUCAUAACUACACAUUGGUUUAUAUAUUAAUUCUGCAACUAUAAACUAUAUUUCAAUAUUAAUGGCAAUAAAAUUUGAAAUGAUUUCUUUUAGGCUAAAGAAAAGAUACAUGCAAAAAGAAUAGAAGCUUCAUUGCUGUUAGUUGCUUUAAAAAAAUUGAACCGCUUAGAAAAAGUACGUACGAGAGCUGGAAGAGAAGCCUUACACAAGGAAAAACAACGAGUUGAUUCCACACACUUGCUGCUGCAGAAUUUACUAUAUGAAGCUGACCAUCUAAAUAAGGAAGUUACAAAGUGUCUUCAAUUUAAAUCAAAAGAUGAAGAAAUAGAGCUAGUUCCUCUUGAAGAUUUCUACAAAGAAGCACCUAAAGAAAUAUCACGUCCAGAAAUAACAAAAAAUGAUGAACAUCAGUUACAAUUGGCAAGGUUAGAGUGGGAGCUCCGACAACGUCGUGAAUUGGCUGGAGCAUGUAAUGAACUUGUGGCUUCUAAAGAGAGAGUUGCGGCUGCAAUAGCCGCUGCCAGAUCGAGAUUAGAUGCAUUAGCUCCACAUCUUCGCGAUGUCCUUAAAGCAACAAAACCUUUGCAAGAAUGUUUGGCUCUUCGUUUAGAUGAAAAGCGUGAUGAAGCAAGAGCUGCUUCUCUUCUACCACCUCCUCUAUUUUUGUUAUAUGCUAAUGCAAGUGCUUAUUCGGAUGUAUUAGGAGUGUCACAUUUAACUGUUGGAAUUUCUGGUGAUGAAGAUGAAGCAAGAAGAUGGGAACAACUCAAUACUAACAGCAUGGGAAGUGAAUUAGUUGUAUCUAACGAUUCUGAUUCUGAUCAGGAUAACAAUGAUGAAGAUCAGAGGGAAAAGAAGAAACGUCAUCACAGAACUGUAAAAAUAUCAAAAGAAGAAAAAGCUGAGGCUAAAAAGAAACAGGUUCUUCAGCGACACCCAUUGAAUGUUCAAGUUUCUGUAAAAGUUGAUGAUGGAACAGCUUUAAAUUUAAUUUUCUUUUACUUACUAAAUCUAAAAAUUGUUGUUGUUAAGUUUAGUAUGUCACUCCCAAAACCUAUCACUGGAGUCUCAGCAGCAGAUGUGUUAAACGGAGAUUGUAUUUUAAAUGAAUUGUAUACUGGAGAUACAGGCAACGAUUCUCCUCAUCCAGCCACUACAUACUUAUUAAAUGCUGCUGGGAUAACUGAAAACUUUCACCAUUUCAUUCCCGAAAUUGGGAAGCCAUAUGUUUGGGCCCAAAGAAUGUGUGGUUUGGAUUUCAUGGCAGUGGUUUUAGAUGAACAUAAAGUAUAUAAAACAUUCCAGCCAUGUCAAAGUUUAAGUGUAGCAUCUGUAGAAAAUUUCAUUUUCACCUUGAAAAAACGUCUGAAAGCACGAGUGGAACUUAUGAAAGAACUCCAAGAUUUGGAGUGUGGAAAAAUAUUACCAGUAAAAGAUUUACCCAUUAGGUUAUCUGGGUCACUUACUCAAUGGCAAUCAGUGGGUUGGCCGGAAUACAGUCAAUCUCCAUCAACCACAUUUUUAAUAUCUGAAGGCUUAGCCAGUGCUGACAAUAUGUUAUACAGAGCUAUAGUCACAAGACAAUCCGCGAAAUUAGUUGCAUUAGUAGCUCUAAGUAGCGAUUACCCUAAAAAAUCUCCGCUAUUCUCUCUAACAUUGCACUGGAAUGGUACACACCAUGCAGGUAUUAAUGAUGAUAUAAGAGAUAUUGAACGACUUUUAAACACCAAUUGGGAUGAAGAAAACUCAGGGACGCACACUCUUUCUGCUAAAAUGACAAAGUUAUUAACAUGCAUAGAUAUUCUGCUUGAAACAACUGGAUCAAUUGAAUUCCCACCAGAUAAAGUUAUGUUUAGACCAGUACGUGGCAGAAACAGAAUCAAACCAUAUAAGUUUAUAAAACAAGGUGCUGGUUUGUUUGUCCAGUAUUGAUAAACCUUAGUUUAAUAGGUCUUAAAUGAUUAAUUAAUCAGCUACCAAUGAAACAUAAAAAAUAAAGUAUGG